AAUGGUUGUUGCAAUCGUAGCCACGGCUAGCUAGCUAAUUAUUUUAGCAAUAUACCGUUUCUAAUAAGGUCGUCAUGCAUUGCCGUUUUUGCAUUCAUGGAUUAGCUACCUGUAGUUAGAUCACAAUAAUUUGCUGUGUUUUCAGUUCACGUGGCCGGUAGCCAACCCAGUGUAACUUAGCUAGACCAUUGACAAAAUUGUUCUAUCGCUGCUUGCAAAUUAUUUUGUUGUGGUCUUCUACCUAGCUUGUUUGCUAGCUAUUUAUCUCGCAGCUACGCUACCUGCUGUGCUGUCCUUGCAUGCCCUAGCCCGCGAUGGACCCUGGCGGAAGUGCCCUGGAUUCGAGUCUGCCCCAGCCCGACAACCCAUGCCUGAUUGUGGAGGACUCUCAGCCUGACAGUGCGGCAUUGGAGGACGAUCCAGAUAGCAGCUACCGCGCCCUGCUCGCCCGCCGCCUGUCCAGCCUGCAGCCGGCCACAUCCCACAGCCCUGUACUGGUACGUAGCACGGAGUUGAUCUCCUCUCCGACAGGAGGCAGAUGCUCUGAGACUGACAGCCAAUCAGAGAGGAAUCAGAAAAACAACCACAACAUGCCAGUCAACCAAGAGGGAAGUCAAGUCCUAGACGUUUGUUCCGUCCCCAGUACAAAAAGGUGUGGUACAGGAGACGUGGCUGUUGAGUCUGGGGCUGACUCCACUACACAUUGCGCCCCGUCUGAAGGAGAGUCCCAGUUUGGCUUUCUGGAGCUUUCUGAGAGUCAGGGUCUGGGUGAAGUGGUGGGGAACAGUCAGGAAGAGGAGGGGGCUACUACAGCCCAGACAGACACCAAGAGACACGACAAGCCAGCUGAACAGAAGAACAUGAUAAGGAUGCCUUCAGGGAUUGAGGACAGCAAAAUGAAGAGGUCAGAAGUGAGCUCUAGCAGCUCAUUGGAGACCCUGGAUCAGGCAGGCCGGGAACUGAACGUCCAGUCUUUGCUCCAUUCACAGGGCAUGCAUGCCUCAGAGAACCAGGAUCCCAGCAGGGAUGACUCUGAGCUGCUCUCCUCUCAGGAGGACCUCUUCGAUGCUGACCGGACAGGCACAGGGGUGGACAGUACUGUGUCAGAGCCAGAGAACAAAGGCGUGCCCACCCUGACCCCUGCCCACACCCUACGUCUGCUGCACCUUUCUGGGCACGGCACCCUGGUGCAGGAGAGCCUCUCCCAGAACUCUGUUGACUUUGUUGCCGCCACCCAGGACAAUUUAAGUCAAACACCUUUUAUUGUCCCCAAUUCACCAACAGGUCAAGGAAAUGAGCAGGGUGCUGACGAACCAAUGGACACUUCUCUGCCUCCAGAGGACCAAUCGGAUGGCAAAAUGGAGGAGCCAAUGGACAUGGAUCCAGCUCCUAAGCCACUCCCCUUAGCCUCCACCCCAGUAUCCCAAAGUUCCCCUGGUUCUGUGUUGGACAGGAGCCUGUCUCUGCCCUCCCAGCCGGAGCUCUCUCAUGAUGUGUUUGUCCCAACCCAGAGCCAAGAGGCUGAAAGCAGCAUCACAGCUCCUCAAGUGGUGGACAGUAAGGAAGUGACAUCAUCCCGACCCACAGCGCUGGAGUCAAGCUCGCCCAAGGCUGCCUCCCCACUUAAAGCUCCCACAUCAACCCGCUCUGACCACUCGGUGACCGAGUCCUUCCAACUGGAGCUGUCACUGAAUACACAGAGCUACUGUUUGGCCCAGGAGGCCCCGGGGCAGGAUGGGGGGAAGGAUGUUGAGGAGGACAGCCAGGCAACACAGAUAGAAGGUCUGGGAGGAACUCUGGGGAUGGACACCAGUGACUCUGUGAUGUCACUGAACACUCAGAAUAAUGGAAGUAAUGGGGUUCCCUCUGACCCUCAGAACACUGCUGUUCUUCAUGUGCCUGUCCCGAUGAAUACUAGCGUUGAACGUCCCAGUAGAGAGGAAUGCAAUUCUCUGGAUGAGUCUGACACACAGAAACCGACAACAUUGAAUGUACACGACAUGAAUGUAGGCAGCGGCAGUAUUAAUGUGACCAAAACCAAUUGUUCUCAGAAGCGGGUGGCCAGCGCCACUUCCCCGUCCCGUCCCUCAACUCCUUCCACUCAACAGAAUCUUGAAACUAUAGACAUAUCAACCCCUAGCAGCUGUGUGCAGGAGACGCCUUCCUCCUCAAACAGCGCCCCCUGUAGUUUGGCCUCCCAGUCUCAAUCAGUUUUUUCACGGAUGUCUCAUGGGGGUUCGGUGAAGGCUUCCUCACAGAGUCCAGUGGUUUGUGUAGACUCUCAAACAGAGGCUGUAGGAGGAAGGGAUGAUGAAGGGGGAAUGACGAGCCCAGCUAAAUCCUGUCAGUCUUUGUCACAGGACCAUGGAGACACUGCUAACAACAGCCAGAAGGAGAAAAACGGGGCAGAUGAAGUGGAAGAAAAGAUGGAGGAAGAAGGAGAGAAUCAGCAGGAGAGCAGACCAGGGGCUGAUGCUGCAAGCCUCUGUCUGGAUCUCUCUCAGAGUCAGAUGCUCUCUCCUGAGCCCAUGGAGGAAGAAGGCCAUGAAGAGGAAAAACAGAAAUCCCCCCUCUCUCACUCCAGGAACGAGGGAGGUGGGGAGCAGGAGGUGAGCUGCGGCAGCAUCAUUGUGCUGGAUGAGAGCGAGAGGAGCUCCCAGCUCCUUGAGAAGGAGGUGACGUCACCAUUCAAGAAGGGCGAGGCUCAGCUAAUAGGAAGCCAGAAGUGUUUGAUGUCGUCAAAUGGCACAGGGUCUCAGCUGAAGGACACCCAGCCUGAACCAAUCAGACUGUCUCAUGCUGAAAAGGGAGUGUCUAAGGAAACAGAGGGGCUCCAUGACAAGAGCCUCAAUGACAGCUCUGGAGAGAUCCCAUUCCACUUCACUCUCCCCAAAGAAGGUGAGCAUAUUGGCCCAGCUGUGAGUGCCACUCCUCCUCUGAUCAGCCAAUUGAAGCAGACCCCAAGACACAGCACUCCGAUUGAGAUGACUUCAUUCUCUGAGAAGUCUGCGGCAGUAAGUGAUGUUUCCGCUGAGACUGUGAUGGCAACCAGUGACAUCACGGCAGGGGAGAGUGGCGAGGACACACCCGAAGGGGCUGAUGGGAAACUGAGUUUGCGAAUGAAGUUGGUUACCCCUGUGGAUGAGGGCAGCUCUGAGUGCUUCAGCCUGCAGAAACCUCAGCUGUCAGCGGAGGAAGGCUCCGUCUCCAAGGUUACCACCGUUGCCAAGGCUGUAACCAGUUCCCUGGCUAGCUCCGUGUUCAGCAGGGUGAGGGAGGCCCACAAACAGGGGGCGGAGGACGUGGUGGCCCAGCCCGGCAGCCCUGGAAGCCCUGUCAGAGACGAACUGUUCAGCUCGCCGUUACAACAGAGAAGCUUCCCGAAAGAACCCCUCUCCUCUCCCCCUCUGGGAGGCAGCAGCCUCCCUAACAGUCAGUCUGAGCCGCCCUCCAACCCUCGUCAGCGGAUGACGAGUCCGUUGCCCGCGGGGCUUCGAGAAAAAGGGCCUUCGUCUGAACCGACCACCCUGGGUCGUCCUGCCGCGUCUACCCCGCAGACAGUGGCAGCAGCUGGGGAGAGCGAGCUCCGUGGGGCCCCAGAACCAACCUCUGGCACCAAAGCCUCUUCCUUCCGACAGAGGGCUGUGUCUCAGCGGACAAGCUUUGAGAAUAUUAUUUCUCCCGGUUCACCCAGCAAGAGAGGGGGGUCUCAGCAGACCAGUUUUGAUGGUGCUGGCCCCAGAUCUCCAGCAGCCAGGGGCGCACCAGAGACCCCACCCUCUAGGCGUGCUGCUGUCCCCGCCCACCACAGACACGUGCGGACCAUCCAGGAAGUGCGGACAACGGUCACGCGCAUCAUCACAGACGUUUAUUACGAGGACGGGAGAGAGGUGGAUCGCAAGGUCACUGAGGAGUCGGAAGAGCCUGUGGUGGACUGCCGGGUGUUGGACAGUGACAUCUCUCCGUGUCGCACUGGCAGCUCCAUGACCUCCGGUGACCUAGGCGACGUCAGCUCUCUCUCCUCCAAGGCGUCCAGCCUGCAGCACAGCUCCGGGGGCAACAGCACGGUCACAGCCUUCGCCCAGCCCGGCCCCAACUUCAUAAUGCCGCCCAGCCGAGGCUCCAAAUCUGCCAGCCCCAGAAGGGGAGGUGGGCAGCAACAGAGGGGUCACAGAGGUCAAGUGGUGGGGUCAGAGUUCAUGGAAAAAAGAGGUCAAGGAGCCCAGGGGUCGCGGGCCUUCAGCCUUCUCACACCCCGCGGAAGGGCCAGGAGGGGCAGGCCUCCGUCCCGCUCGCCCCUGUCCAGGGGGGGAGGCACGGCCGCGACACGUGGCCAACAUCUGUCCUCCUCUGAGGACGAACCAUACACCCGCCUGUGCCCUACCCCGCGCAUCCCAGACAUGCUCCCAAGCCACUCCUCCACAUCUCUCCACACCACCUCCCCAGGGGAAGGCAGCCCACCCGGCAGCAGCUUCGUGGGCCUCCGCGUGGUGGCCAAGUGGUCCAGCAACGGCUACUUCUACUCGGGCAGCAUCACCAGGGACCUGGGCGAGGGCCGUUUCCGGCUGCUUUUUGACGACAGCUAUGAGUGCGAGGUCUCCGGCAAGGACGUCCUGCUGUGCGACCCCAUCCCUGUGGGAACUGAGGUCACGGCACUGCUGGAGGAUGAGUACUUCAGCACAGGUCUAGUGAAGGGCCACAAGACAGAGGCUGGGGAGUUGUUCUACAGCGUGGAGAAGGAGGGCCAGGCUCCAGCCGCUACGGACGCAGGGAGGAAGUGGUACAGCCGCAGCUCAGUCAUCCUGACCAUGGAGCAGGGCAACCGGUUGAGAGAACAGUAUGGGCUGGCUCCCUACGAGCCCUCCACACCCCUGGCCAAGGCCUCCGACAUCAGCCUGGAUAACCUGGUGGAGGGGAAGAGGAAGCGCAGAGGGAACACAGCUGGGGCUCAGGGAACCCCAAAUCGCAGCUCAGACAGCCCUCGGACUCCUGGCCCCUCUGGAAAAAGGAAGCUGAUCAGCUCUGCGGAAGACAUGGAGAGGACACCAGCUAAGAGAGGUCGCAGGGGGGGUGGAAGACCCAGAACCGGUCAGCGGGUGGGUGUGUGUAACACCUCAGGCAGUGGCACCGAUCUCCCCAGGGACCACAGUGAUCUGGUGGAGACCCACGGCCCGCUUCCCCAGAGUCCGUCGCUCUUCAUGGGCUUUGCCUUCAUGUUGACUGUAUCGUCUGAGACCGACCGUCAGACCAACCAGCCGGUCAGCGAUGGCGAGGAGGAGUAUGUGCAGACUGCCCCCUAUAACAAACGCUAUACUGAAACUCAGCUGGAGGCUGGAGGAGGCUUCGUACUCCAAGACUUCAACGAGGAACAGUGCAAGGCUGCCUAUCAGAGCUUGCUGAUUGCUGACCAGCACUGUCGAACCAGGAAGUACCUCCUGUGUGUGGCCAGCGGGGUACCGUGUGUGUCUCACAUCUGGGUCAGAGACUGUUGUAAGGACGGCAAGCUGCUCAACUACAGGAACUACCUGCUACCAGCCGGAGUGGGGCCCAACGAACGCAUCGUGGAAUGGCAUCCCCGCUGCAGCCCGUUCAAGGCUCUGCGGGUCCUGUUGGUGUUUGAGGAGUCAGCCGAGCUGUGGUCUCAGCUGCUGACGAUGGGCGGGGCUGCCUCUGUGAGACUGCACCAAGCAGACAAGGACAGCUCCGACAUACCUAAGGGCAAGUUCGACGUGGUGGUCACAGACCGCAGCUGUCCCCCUUUGGUCCUGAAGAGUGUGACAUCACAGGAAGUACCCAUGGUGUCACCCGAGUGGCUAAUCCACAGUCUGAUCUGUGGGCAGUGCCUGGAGUACCAUGGCAACCCGGAAUAUCGUCAUGACUACUCAUCCUCAUCCUAAUUUGAGCCCUGCCCCUAGUCACACUAAGGUUAGUUGUAGGUAGAAGAUGCCCUUAACUUCAGAUCUAGGAUCAGUUUCAAACACAAUCUGUACUCAAACAAUUAGGAGGGGUUACAUUUUGAGCCUUUUAGUGUUUAGAAGAAACUUGUACCUACUCCCACUAGAGACACGUGAACCAUUUUACCUGUACUGUGUCAGUUUCAUUGCAUGUCUCGGCUACUGUAUAUAGUUUUAACCUGUCUGUUUUUAUGAAAUAAUAAACUGUGACAAAUAGUU